GCAUUUUUGACAGAUGUAUUUUGUUUUGAGUCACAGUGACACAGCAACAACUGACUAGCAUGUUAGCUAAGAACUUCCUACGGUCGUGACUUGGGAAUUUGCCUCAAUUAUUAGAUAUUCGUUCUAAUUAAGCUUACCUACUAUAUGCCUUUUUAUUUUGCCCAAUUUAUGGCAUUUCGGACUAUUUGCCGAACCAUAACGAGAUAGGUAGCUAGAUAACACUAGCUAGUCGGAUAGUUAGCUAGAUAACACUAGCUAGCUAGUUCGUACACAUUGAAGACAACAGAGCACUCAAAAACCUAAUUUUACACCAUCAAGCUGAAUUAUGGACCCAAAUAACACCUCGUACCCUGUGAAACUGUACGUUUACGACAUAUCUAAAGGAAUGGCUCGCCAGCUGAGCCCCCUCAUGCUAGGUAAACAGCUUGAUGGAAUAUGGCACACUGCUAUUGUUGUCCAUGGAGAGGAGUUUUUCUAUGGGGGAGAGGGCAUCACAAACUGCCCACCUGGCGGGACGUCCCUAGGACAACCAAACUCCAUAAUAGACCUGGGCACGACAGAGGUGACUGAGGAGAUCUUUAUGGAGUACCUGUCUUCACUGGGAGAGUCCACGUACAGGGGGAACCAAUACCAUCUGUUUGAGUGGAACUGUAACACGUUCAGUAACGAAGUGGCCCAGUUCCUCACCGGCAGCAAGAUCCCCGGCCACAUCACAGACCUGCCGGCUGAAGUGCUCUCCACGCCUUUCGGCCAGGCGCUACGCCCUCUUCUGGACUCCAUCAAUAUCGCACCUCAGGGGGGAAACUCCUUCAACGGACACUAUGGCCAGAGAUAGACCAGAGAUAGACCGAUAACACAGGUGCACAGAGUAAUAUACUAUACCAUCAGUGUGUGUGAGGGAUGGGAGAUCUGCAGCUCUGGACCUUUUUGAGUCCCUUAGGCUGCGUUUACACAGGCAGCCCAAUUCUGAUAUUCUUUUCACUAAUUGGUCUUUUGACCAAUCAGAUCAGCUCUGAAAAAGAUCUGAUGUGAUUUGGUCAAAAUACCAAUUAGUGACAAAAAGAUCAGAAAUGGGCUGCCUGAUCCAGGCAGCAACCUAACCCUACCUGACACCAGCCCAGCCUGGCACACCCCAUCCCCAGCCUGGCACACCCCAUCCCCAGCCUGACACACCCCAGCCCCAGCCUGGCACACCCCCAGCCUGGCACACCCCAGCCCCAGCCUUAACUUGAGUCUACCUAAGUCUCCCCUUUUCCACUAUAAACUUGGCCUGAUCCGUGCCUGUAUUUUAAUAUGUCCACGGUUAUCAAGAUGGCAUUAGGCCGUAAGUCUAUAAUAAGAUGAAGCUUUCUUCUACUCUCCAUAGGAUCCCAUGAUCAGCUGAAUGUAAAACUAGGGAGCUGCAGGGUUUCUCUCUAGAGCUAGAGCUGUAGCUCUUUCCUACACAGGGGUGGGUGGGGGUAGGGUAUCCUUUUACAUACCUUCUAUUUUUUAGUAAAUAAGUAUUAAGCUAUUUUACUGUUUCAUUGUUUGUUUUGUGUUUUUUAAUGACCAUGACAUGACUGCAUUGCCACUAGAGAGGGAGAAGGGUUAGAGAAGAAGAAAAGGAGAUAAAGUGGUGAUAAAAUCUUGACAAAUAUA